UCAUGUGGCGUACGGCGGACAUCGAAUACCCUAACACCGGGCUCCUGUUGUUAUAAAAUCUGCAAUUAUGAUGAUGGAGAAGAAAAAAAACUGUUUCUUUUCCGAAAUCUGUAAUGACAAGAUAGUACUUCGGAUAGUGAAAUAAUUAGGACGAAUACGAGUUAAAUUGUGACGUAUUUGGGAACAUUUUUCGUUCUGUUUUGAGACGCUUUCCUGCCUUGAUAGAUGAUCAAUGAAGUCGGUCAUUUGGGGAUUCAAAACGAAACUAUUUUCUUACCAUAGUUUGACAUUUUACAAACACCACCCCCCCUUUCUAUUCCUACAUCAAUAGGCCUAAGAAGACACAUUGUAGCCUAGUACAAUACCGCGUCUAAACGGAAACAGUCCCACAGAUACAGCGUCUCAACUUGGAUCACUAAAUAUGAUUGGACUGAAGUACAACAUGUCUCUACCCAUGGCUGCAGGGGCGUUGUUAGUAGGCAUCCCCUACUCCAUCUCUCUCGUAGCCCAGUGGAUGUAUGGCUGGCCUAACAAGCCAGGCUAUAAAAAGUACAUUGAGGCUCUGAAGCCAAGGAGGAUAUACUGUCUGACUAGAGCUGUGCUGGAGAUGCUGAAAUACUUCCAGUACGGAAAACUCUACUUCCAGUGGAAGUCCUGGUACAAGAAUGUAGAAAACCACAAGCAUUAUGAAAAGGGAAUCACGUUUGGGCGUCGUAGUAACAAGCUGGAUUUGUAUUAUUCCCCCACGGUGGGCCAGCCAGGCAGUGGACCGGUGCCUGUGGUAGUGUUUAUAUACGGGGGAGCCUGGGGUUCAGGGGAAAGGUCCAUAUACUGUCUACUGGCCAUGCAGAUGGCUAAGGAGCUCAGCGCAACGGUGAUCUGUCCGGACUAUUGUACAUAUCCAAAGGGUAACGUUUUGUGUAUGGUUCAAGAUAUUGCGGACUGUCUCAUUUGGGCGAGGGACAGCGGCCAUAAAUUCAACUUCGACAAAGAUAACAUUGUGUUAAUGGGCCACUCCGCUGGGGCUCACCUAGCAGCUCUAACCGUGCUGUUCAUGGUCGAAGGACGAGACGAGCUCUUUAUAGAAGCCAAGAAGCAGACAGAGAUCACCAUGGCAAUCAGAGGAGUUACAGGUUUGAGUGGAGUAUACAACAUUGUGGACCACUAUGAACAUGAACAGAUGAGAGCUGUGGAGUAUGUCUCUACGAUGCACAAAGCUAUGAACGGACUGGAGAACUUCCCUUAUUACUCACCAACACACCUACUGAAGAAAUUCAGCGAGGCACAACUGAAAAGAGUUCCACCUUUCUGCUUGCUCCACGGAACCAACGACAUCAUAGUUCCGGUGGAAUCUUCCCAGAGGUUCUCUGAGCUGCUCACGGCCCUGUCAAUCAAGGUGUCCCUGUACCUCAUGCCUAAAAUGGACCACACAGAGAUAGUCACCGAUCUCAUGGCGACAGACAGGCACUUCUACAAAACAGUGUACAGCUGCAUCAAACAGGAGUACAGCAAGUUCAUAGGCCAGGUCUGUGACUGCUGAACGAAACAACUAACACAAUACAUUAUUCAUUCAUGAUGUGCCGUAAUUCUUUUUGUUUACAUCUUUUUUUUCAGUUAAUUAUUAUGAUGAUACCUCGAAUUUACAAGAUUUAGACUUUUCGACAAAAACAAAAAAAUAGUUUUAACUCUCUGUUUUAAAUCUCAAUGAUGCUUUUCUGUGGUGUGUGUUUCAUAAUGGUUCCAUGAUUGUAAACAAGACUGAAUGAUAUUUUAAUUCAAUAAUUCCUGAUCUUUACACAUCAGAUUAUUUUUCAGAGCUGAUAUGAUUGGUCAAAAGAUUAGCCUGUAGAAAGAUCCGAAUUGGUCUCUCAAUUCAAUUCAAUUCAAUUCAAGGGGCUUUAUUGGCAUGGGAAACAUGCGUUAACAUUGCCAAAGCAAGUGAGGUAGAUAAUAUAUAAAGUGAAUCUCUCUCUGUCUAAACAAAGCCCAUGUGUGUCAGACCUCAAAUGCACAUGCCAAAUAAUCGUGCCAGAUUUUUCACCUUUGGGACUAUCCCAUUGGUUCCAUUGUACCAGGCCAACUAAAUCAACUAAAUCAAGUAUUGGAUAUGUAUUUGACUAAGUCUGGUGCGUAUAGAACACUGUAUGAGAUAUCCCAAGGUCCAAUAUAUUCACGGUGCUUCUGCCUCUGCAUUGUUUGUUCAUUGAGGGUUAUAGACUGGGUAUCUGUAAAGCUAUUGAGGAUUAUAGGCUGGGUAUCUGUAAAGCGAUUGAGGGUUAUAGACUGGGUAUCUGUAAAGCUAUUGAGGAUUAUAGGCUGGGUAUCUGUAAAGCUAUUGAGGAUUAUAGGCUGGGUAUCUGUAAAGCUAUUGAGGAUUAUAGGCUGGGUAUCUGUAAAGCUAUUGAGGGUUAUAGGCUGGGUCUCUGUAAAGCUAUUGAGGGUUAUAGGCUGGGUCUCUGUAAAGCACUUUGUGACAACUGCUGAUGUAAAAAAAGAAAAGAAAGAAAGAAGGGCUUUAUAAAAACACAUUUGAUUGAUUUAUUGAUCCAGCUGGAACCUUUUAUAUAGUGUUAGUGUUAACUCCCACUCCGACAGAGUAAUAUGGGCUAGUAUUCAACAAAGCAUUGGCAACAUUCCCGUGGGGAUUAAGACGCCACAUCCUAAAUUGCACCCUAUUCCCUACAUAGUGCACUACUUUUGACCAGAGCCCUAUGGCACCCUAUUCCCUACAUAGUGCACUAAUUUUGACCAGAGCCCUAUGGCACCAUAUUCCCAACAUAGGGCUCUAGUCAAAAGUAGUGCACUAUGGCACCCUAUUCCCUAUAUAGUGCACUACUUUUGACCAGAGCCCUAUGGACAGUGCACUAUAUAGGGGAAAGGGUACCAUUUGGGACAGAACCAAAACAGUUGAGCAGAUCUAUCGUAUAUGUUCUACUGAUAAUCUGUUGCAUUAAUAUGGUCAACCAGGAGAACAUUACAUUUUCAGUUAUAUGGUCAACCAGGAGAACAUUACAUUUUCAGUUGUAUGGUCAACCAGGGCACAUUAGAUUUUCUGUUUAUUAAGUGUUUGAACAACUACAUACUACAUCUGAUCAAAUGUAUUCAUUACAUUACUCUAUUUUGCAUUUUGAAUAUCUGCUCUUAAAAGUUAUGUAUUGAUUUAUUUAAUAAAAGUCUUAAAUUGUG